AGAACUGACACCGCAGGCACUUGCCUAACAGGAGCGACACCGACCUCAGGGCUCCCACACACAAGGGGAGAAAGAAGGCAAGCGCACAGCGGCAGAACAACACUUUAGUACGUUUACACCCGGUGACCUUCAGGGUAGAAGAGACAAGGCUCGUAGACUACAGGGAAAGGGGCUUCCUAUAGCAUCAUCACCGACGGAGGAGCUUGACGGAUGGCAGACUGGGACUUAUCAGUCACUGUGGAGGAGCUGGGCUCAGAGGCCCCCGCCCUUUCCAUCAGUGUGACCUCUGACCUUCAUAUAGGGGGCGUCAUCCUCAAGCUUGUGGAGAAGACACAGAUACAGCGUGACUGGUCCGACCAUGCCCUGUGGUGGGAGCAGAAGCAGCAGUGGCUGCUGCGCACCUCCUGGACCCUGGAGAAGUGUGAGAUCCACGCCGACGCCAGCCUGGUCUUCAUGCCCCAGCAUAAGCCCCUGAGGCUGGGCCUGCCCAACGGCGCCACCGUCAGGCUGCGGGCCUGCUUCUCAGGGCCCGUGUUCCGCACCUUGCUGGGCAUCUGUAGGAUACUGAACAUCCGACACCCAGAAGAGCUGUCCCUGCUCCGCCCUCUGGAGGAGAAGAAGAAGAAGAAGGAGAGGGACGCCUUGGACGAGGUCUACGACCUCACAGAGGUGCCCCUCGCGUCAGUGUCCCAGGCCUGCCUGUACAACGGCAUGCCGGCCCACUUCGCCGACUCGCCCCAGACGGAGGCCGUGUACCGGAUGCUGUCGGUGCCCCAGCCCGCCCCCGCGCCCGAGCUCAUCAGCAAGCAGUACCGGGCCGCCAGCGUGGUGGACAAGGCACACAUCAACAGCAGGUGGCUGGACUCCUCCCGUUCCCUGCUGCAGCAGGGGGUCCAGGAGAACGACCGGCUGUGGCUACGCUUCAAGUACUCCACCUUCUACAACCUCGAGCCCCUGUAUGACGUGGUGCGUCUCGCCCAGCUGUACGAGCAGGCCCGCUGGGCCGUCCUGCUGGAGGACGUUGACUGUACUGAGGAGGAGAUGAUGCUGUUCGGGGCGCUGCAGUACCACAUCAGCAAGCGCUCGCUGUCGGAGCCCCAAACGGUGACCUCCAACGCGGCCAUGGAUGACCUGGAGACGGCCCUGCUGUCCCUGGAGGUCAAGAUGGACGGGGACAGCAACACCGCCAACGACAUGCUGGACAACAUGGCAGCACCAGAACUAAGUGACUAUCUGAAAAUAUUCCGGCCCAAGAGAUUGACCCUGAAGGGCUACAAACAAUACUGGUUCAAGUUCCAAGACACCGGCAUCUCCUACUUCAAGAGCAAAGAGGAGAGCGUGGGAGAGCCCAUCCAGCAGAUCCACCUCAAAGGCUGCGAGGUCGCCCCAGACGUCAACGUGGCCGGACAGAAGUUCGUCAUCCGGCUCCUGAUCCCGGCCCCGGAGGGCAUGACCGAAUUCUACCUGCGCUGCGAGAACGAGGAGCAGUAUGCCCACUGGAUGGCGGCGUGCCGGCUGGCGUCCACGGGGCGGAGCCUGGCCGACAGCAGCUUCCAGAGCGAGAUCCAGAGCAUCCGCUCCUUCCUGGCCAUGCAGAAGACCCACGGCAACAGCUCGGUGCCCGCUGCCGACGACGCCAUCAACCCCCACAGCCUGGUCUCGCCGCGCUACCAGAAGAAGUACAAGGCCAAGCAGCUCACCCAACGUAUCCUGGAGGCCUACCAGAACGUGGCCCAGCUCUCCUGGAACGACGCCCUGCUCCGCUUCUUGCAGAUCUGGCAGGCGCUGCCAGACUUCGGCCUCUCCUACGUGGUCGUCAGGUUCAAGGGCAGCAGGAAGGACGAGGUGCUGGGAAUCGCCCCCAACCGGUUGAUCCGCAUCGACCUGGGGGUGGGCGACGUGGUCAGGACCUGGCGCUACAACAACAUGCGCCAGUGGAACGUCAACUGGGACAUACGACAGGUGGCCAUCGAGUUCGACGGUAACGUGAACAUCGCCUUCAGCUGCGUGACGGCCGACUGCAAGAUCGUCCACGAGUUCAUCGGGGGCUACAUCUUCAUGUCCACGCGGACGAAGGAGCAGGGCGACGCGCUCAACCAGGAGCUCUUCCACAAGCUGACGGGGGGGCAUGAGGCCCUCUGAGGCCCCGAGACCCCUAUGAGGCUCUAUUUUAGGCCCUGUGGGGCCCUAUUAGGCCCUGUGAGGCAGGGGCCACACACCGGCCCCGCGUUCCUCUUUGUCUCAACCGAACGGGAGCUCUGGGGGCCAGGAACCUGUGGCUAGUAGAGCCCGACUUAGCUGCCUCUGGGUGCAUAUGGCCGACCUACGAGGGAUAGAGGCCGCUUUGUAUCUCAAUAAUGUAUUAUCUACUCAUAAAUUAUACUAGAGAAAUGAAACAAAACGCCUUUGUGGGAUACAAAGGCGUUUUAAUCAGAUCGUCACACAGCUAUCGGAGUCAAUUCCAGGUCAUGUUAAAAAUCGAUUUGCCAUGUUACCAUAAUGGGGAAGAGAAGAUAAUAAUAAUCAAUCUUUCCAGUCUAAAUUGUCUAUUUUGCAAUGAACAUCUUCCCUAAAAGGUUGAUUGAUAAUCACGCAAACGAUCUUUUGGCUCUUCUGAAAAUCAUUUUCAAGUAAUUUAAUUCUUUGAGGCUCUGCCAACUGAAAGGUGGCUGACCAAUGUGCCAAUAGAAGGGCGAGUUGGCAAGUGUUGCUUAGAUACUGUGCGAAAUACUGGGUUUGAAAUACAACUGAUAUCUUUGUUAAAGAAUUUUUCCCACAUUUGAUCUCAUCAGUGGAUGAGUCCAAACCUAUGCUUAUUAAACGCAAUCAUUGUCAUUCUCCUUUAAUAAAUAAUUAAGGCAGUCA